AUGUCUACUCUAACCGGAGGCUCCUAUCCCCCUCACCUGGACGACGCUCCCGAAAAGGAUCGACUUGCACUGGCCAUCAAGGACUGGAGUAUCGCCAAUGGCUUUGCUGUCCGGCCUCCGCCGGCCAUAGCCAGCAACGAUGCGGGCAUUCUUGCCAUGACUGCCCCAGUCACCCUGUUUCCGAGCCCAUUUCCGAAGAGCUGCUUCGCGGAGGCCAAGGCGAUUCAGACCAAGUACAACGAGCUAUACGCACGCAUUAGUCAAGAUGAGGAGUACCUCGGCGGCCUGGUUAAGCAGGUGGCUGGCGGUGAUGACUUUAUCGCCAACUUGUGGAACAUACACCUGCGUGUGAAGGAGGAGGGUUACGUCCAGAACCUCGCCCUCGGUCUGUUCCGUUCCGACUACAUGGUCCAUCAAGACGGCGACACCCUGCAGAUCAAGCAGGUUGAGUUCAACACCAUCGCUUCGUCUUUCGGGGGCCUCUCAGAAAAGACGUCGUUGCUCCACAAACAUCUCGCCAAAGUUGAGUACCCCCUGCUGAAGGAACCCAUCUCGCGAUCCUCAUUAGGUGAUCUCCCCGACAACAAGAGCGCAGAGCGUCUCGCCGGCGGCCUAGCAGCGGCCUUCCGUGCUUACGGAAAAUCCACUCUCGGCCACCCAACCUGUGUCCUCUUCAUCGUCCAGGACGGUGAGCGUAACAUCUUCGACCAACGCCAUCUGGAAUACGCCCUGCAAUCCUCCGACACAGACCCCAUCGCCGUUUUCCGCCUCCCCUUCUCCCAAGUCCUCAACCACACUUCCAUCGCCCCGUCUUCCCCCGGCCGUCAACUGCUCUACCACCCGCCACACAACCCAUCCCUCACCUUCGAGGUCGCCGUCGCCUACCUUCGUUCCGCCUACGACCCGAGUGACUUCCCCACUGCCUCGUCCUGGGAAGCCCGGUACCAGCUCGAGCGGUCCGCGGCAAUCGUCUGCCCAACCAUACUAACACACCUAGCGGGCAUGAAAAAAGUCCAGCAAGAGCUCGCCACGCCGGCUGCUCACGCCCAAGACCAAGAGCCAGGCGAACAAGCAACCACCGCGCCCUCCGCCCUACGCCGCUUCAUCCACGACGAGGCCAGCUACACCGCGCUCCACCGCACCUUCACCAACAUCUACCCGCUCGACGCCAUCACCCCCGCGGGACGCGAAGCCCGCCGCCUAGCCACCGACCCGGACGCCUGCCAGCGAUACGUGAUGAAGCCCCAGCGCGAAGGCGGCGGUAACAACUUCUACCGGUCUGCCAUUCCGCAGCGGCUGCGCGAGAUCCCCGAGGAGCACUGGGGGUCGUAUAUUCUGAUGGAGAUUAUCACGCCGCCUCCUGUGGCGAAUACGAUUCUGCGGAAUGGGGCGUUGGAGCAGGGCGGGGUGAUUUGUGAGUUGGGGGUGUAUGGGACGUGCUUGUGGGAUCAGAAGACGGGGGAGGUGGUGCAUAAUGAGGAGAGUGGGUAUUUGUUGAGGACGAAGGGGGAUCAGAGUGAGGAAGGGGGUGUGGCGGCUGGGUUUGGGUCGAUGGAUUCUUGCCGGUUGGUUUAA